AUGCCAGCCCUACAAGGCGUCAGCUUCCCCUGCCUCGUCCUUCCCGCUAGCACGUUGAUUACCAGCUUGUUUGGGGGUGUUGCUCCGUUCGAAGGUCUGGGAUUCUUCGAGCUGUCUUUCGAUUGGAAUAUAGUUGGAGCUGGCAGCCCAUUAGCCACACCCCUGUUUGCUCAGGCGCUUCAACUGCUGUCGGUCAUCAUCACAGCCCUCAUAUUUUGGCCUGCUUAUAGCUUUUCGUGGUUUGGCUUUGGCCAAGAGGAAGAAUUCCCGUUCCUCUCAGUGUCGCUUUUCCAAGAAAACGGCACUCUGUAUCCUAUCAAGCAGGUCACUAAGAAUAUCACCAAGCUCGACCAAAAUCAAAUCAGCCUACCAAUCUACACGGCGACCAACGUUCUCACCCAGAUAUUUCAAUCACUCGCGGUCUCCUCAUCGAUCACACACAUUUUGCUCUGGCAAUGGCCUUUGAUACGCACAGCGUUCAAAAGUAGAACCACAAACGAUAAGGAAAAAGAUCCUCAUCGACUGUUGGUUCAAGCAUCUUACAGGGAUUUUCCAGUGUGGGCAUCACUCGCUUGCCUUGGCAGUGCGACAGUUUGGGCAUUCUUCCUAUGCUACAAAGAGGAUAUAAUAACACCGUUCAGCCUGCUGAUAUCAAUCGGUUUAUCGGGAAUUCUUACACUUUCGAUGGGAUUCAUAUGCGCUAUUUCAGGCUACACCUUACCACUGAAUGGGGUCUGCCAAAUGAUAGGAGGGUUAAUCUUUCGUGACAACGUGAUGGGUAACAUGUGGUUUUCCAAUUAUAGCUCUGCGCCUACUUCACAAGCCCUCAGCGCAAUGUCAGAAAUGAAGCUGGGGCAGUAUACUCACAUGCCUCCGAUCUCAGUGGCUACCGCUCAAGCAACUGGAAUGUUCGUUGGUGUGAUCGUCAAUUACUUUGUUCUUGAAGGCCUUCUCAGCAGUCAGAGGGAAGCUCUUCUACUACCGAACGGAGACGGCAUCUAUUCCGGUACAAUUGUUCAAAAUUAUGGCGCGAGUGCUAUUGCCUGGGGGAAAUUUUCACAUGACCUCUACACGUGGGGAGGGAGAUACGUCUCGGUUCCGUUAGCUCUGGGCUGUGGAUUGUGUCUACCUAUACCAUUUUACCUACUAUUCAAGCUAUGGCCUCAUCGAUAUAUCAAGGAUCUCAACAUUCCAAUUGUGAUGGGGUUUGUCGCCUUGGGCAGCUUAGGUGUAUCUGCUGGUCGGACGAUGAACAUUCUCGUCGGUUUGGCAUCCCAGCUGUGGGCUCGCAGAUAUUACCCAAAGUGGUUUUAUAAAUAUAAUUACGUUUUAUCAGCUGCCUUGGAUGGAGGAACGCAGAUAAUCAUACUCCUUCUGUCGCUGACCGUUCAGGGCGGUGUGGGACCACGAUUGAAGCUACAAAUUCCCACUUACUUUUUGAAUCCACCUCAUCCUCUGCCGCGAGAUUUCUGCUACUUGAAGAACAGCAAGGCCAAUUCCUGAAGGAUAGAAUAAAAUUGUAUCAUAACUCUUCUACUUUCUUCUUGCAUGUAUUGUUAUCUGAACUUGAAAAACUAAUUUCAAUUAAAUAUCAAAA